AUGAAGAAUAGUAGUAGUCUUUUAUUAUCUUUAUCAAAUCUAUUACUAUUACAAAUCAUAUCAUCUAUUCAAGAUAAUGCAAGUAUAAUAUGUUUAUUGUUAACUUGUAAAAAGUUAUACAUUAAUAGUACAAGAAGAUUGGUUCAGUUUAAAGGUCUAAGACUUAUUGAUAGCAAAGGACCUUUUAUUAAAAAGGGGUAUAUAUCUGAAAAGUUUAUAGCAACUGCUACUCAAUUUAAACUAUUCUCUUUUAAUGAUAUAUUAGAGAAUAGUAUAUCUGAUCAACAGGUUAUACUACCGUUGGAUGAAAAAACAAAAGACUUUAAAGAUUGGAUAAAACAACGAAUCAAUGUAAAUGAUAGAGUGGCUGAUAAAGAUAAGAGUAAUAUAACAACUGCUUUGGUCAUGUAUUCUAAAGCAAGUAUGGGUACAAUACUAGAGUCGCUCUACUCGAUACCAUCAAUCGAGACACUAUUAAUCAAAGACCAUGAAGAUUCCACAGAUGGUAUUGGUUCAUUUGUCGAUCUUGACUGCAUCUCUCUGUUACCCAAUCUUCAACGACUAUCAGUUCGUAUAGACGUGUUGAAUCUUGGUCACCACUCUACACUAAAGUCACUUGAACUAGAUAUCGGAUCUAUAUUCUCUCUUGCCAACUUGAAUCUCUUAAAAUUCACAUCUCUGACUAGACUUAAAUUUCAUAAUCAUGUAAUGACCAAUAUCGUGCCAGGAUUAUUUCCAACAAGUCUAACAUCGCUCACUCUAAGACCAACCGAAAUACCUCCACAAGAUACAUUCAUUUCAUUGACGUCGUUGGUAGCCCUCAAGAUCUACCUGGACAAGGAAAGGACAUUUGUAAAUGUGCCCAUCACAAGUGAACAAGGCCAAUCAAGACCAUUCAUCAAUCUCGACAGUCUAUCCAAUCUAAAGACACUCAAGUUUAUUGACAAUAAUGAUCCAUCAAAGGAGGACGACAACAACGGUUACUGUAUCGAGAUGAGUGUACCUCCAUCACUCAGGAUUCUUUACAUCCAAUCUUCAAACCUACAAAUCCCAUCGAGAUGUGUUAUGCCAAUGUUGGAGAAAUUAGACGUGACAGCACACUUGUUGAUUGAUGAAAGAAUCAAUCUAGUAUCACAAUGUCCAUCGAUAAAGAGACUAGAUAUUCUAGAUUGUCUUGGCAUUAUUCCAGCCACUGUCAAGAUACCCGACACCGUUGUCAAGUUAUUAAUAGAUAAAAAAACCAAACAACGCGAUGUACUCACGCAAGUUGUGAUGCCACCAUCACUCACUCAUCUAUCCAUCUUUGGAGGUUAUGAGCACGUUCAACUACCAGACUCAAUCUCCACCUUGGGGUACGAUCUAAACAUUCAAACUGUCAUUCCUCAACAAUUGAAACAUCUGAAAAAACUGAAUUGGGGAGUUGAUACGACAUGCGAUUUUGUGUUUCCAUCAUCCUAUCCACCCAAUCUUGAAACAAUCAACCUCUAUUUUGAAAAGGUUGGCUUAUUGAUUGAAACUAUACCACCACUCACCAAAUAUCUAUCGAUUGCAAUGGGCCCUGAACCUAAAAGGUUCUCAAAUAACAUUCCAAUCUAUUCAAUCGGCUCAAGGAUAUCUGACACUUUCAUCUCUCAAUCACACGGUCAAUGGUUACCUCUCAAUACUACUCAUCUAAAUUGCAGACUAGGACGCGGUUCAGAUUCAAAUGUCGCAUUUAGAUUGGACCAAGUAAUCAACCACACUAAUGUUAGAUCUCUCUUUAUUUCUUGUUCUCGUUCCUGCAUCUUUUACAUAUCAAUUCAAAGAUUAGACACAGAAAAUAGAAAUGUAUUAAUAGUGGAAACAAAAUCACUUCAAGGUGGUAUCAUCAGUCAACAAAGAAAAUCAAUCAAUAAUAAUAAUCAACAACAACAAGAAUAUGAUCCAAUUUAUUUAUAUUUGGAUACAUCUACCUCUCCAUUUAAAUUUAAAUGGAGGUUUGGCUAA